AGUUCAACUAUAUAUUGUUGAGAAUUUGAACUUCUUACUUUUUGGUCAAGAAUAUUAUGCUUACCUAGUUGAAUUAUAUUUAGGUUGACAACUUUACAAGAAUAUUUGGUACUUAUUAUGUGAUCCAAAUAUUAGCUAAUAAUCAUUAGCUUGAGUUGCCAUAAAUAAACUUGGCUCAAUUGGAAUAAAAUUUGUACUAGUGUUUUCUUUUCCUAUAAAAUUCAUGUAUAAAUUUAUGUCGGUUGAGUUAGAUUAAAGUUGUUAAUGUUAUUAAGUUUGUGACAUUGAACUUUAUGUUGUGAAAUUGUAACCAUUAGACAAGAUAAGAAUAGACAAGAUAAGAAAGGUAAGGGGUAUGUCAAAUUAAUAUUUGUGCAAUUGAAUCUAAAAUUGUCACCCCACGAUUACAAUAUAAUAUUUAAAACGAAGAAUCAUUAUAGCUUCUUUCUAUGUCUUGGAGUUUGGGGCUUCAUUAUCUUUAACCUUUAUUCCUAUUUUCCGUGUAGCUUCCUUUUUGUUCUAUUCUGUCAGGGUAAAUAAAAGAUUCAAUUUGAUCUUAUAUUUUUCUUGUAGCGUGAGAAUCAAAUUAAAUUUUAGAUAGCUUUCGUAUGAACAUGAUAUCUCAACUUUUUCAGCCACGCCAAAUUGUCAAUCCUUAUAAUUGUGUAUAUUAUAAGGUUUUACAACCUAUCUCUAUCCUGGAAUUUUGCGUGGACUUGUCACCUAUAAUUAGGAGGGGAAUCAUACGUUAUUCUAAAAUUUAUUUUAAAAAAAAAACAUUCUUUUGAAAGAGUGUUGCAAUUUGCAAUUCAUACAAGACGAUUGACAUUUUUUUUUUUUAUAAAAGAAAACGUUGUUGGGAAUAAUUGAGUCAUGGUUAGGUUGGUUAAAGAUAAAAAGGUUCGUACGAAUAUGGACAGAGAAACAUUACUUUAAUAAAUAAAAAAGAAAACAAUGAGAUGUAUGAAGUUUUAGUACUAUUGUUUGUUAAUGAAAUUUGUGGCUCAGUACUCAAUAUUCAAACAUAUCUUAGAUAACAUCGCGCCCUUACUAGUAAUAUCUCGUAGAUUAGGGUGUGUUUUUACUACUAUUAAUAGCAAUUAUUAUUAUUAUAAUUUAAAAAAGAUGGAGCAUUGCAAUGGUUGGAAUAGGACAUUCUCCAAUUUUCAUCCUUAUCAUAAUUCUACUAUGGGAACUUUACUUUCAAAGAGACGUAACAAUACUAAUACUAUAAUACUUUUCCCUUUCCAACUUAUAUUAAGUUCUCACGCAAUUAUUUCAAAAUAAAUUUAUCUGUUGAAUCUCUUCUAAACCUAUCUACUUUGCAGGCCAUUUCAAUGAAGAAUCAAUAAAAUAUAUGUAUGUAUAUGUAUAUGUAUAUGUAUAUAUAACCUAGCUUAGAAUUUAGUCAUUCCAAAAGAGAUUGGUGAUAUAUAGAAGGGAAGAAAUUAAAAUAAGAGAUAAAAAGGAAUAUGACGUUCCACAUAUUAUAGCCAUAUUAUUAUUAUAAUGGUGAAAAGAGCAAGAAUUGAACUCACAUCAAGUUUUUGUCACCUCUUGGUUGGAGGUGAAAUGACCUAGGAUAGGCUUUGAGUCGUUUUUAAUUUAAAAUUUUGUCACCCUGUGACCAUUUUCCUCUCGUUUAAUCCCUUCAACUGCCAUUUAAUUCUGUAACUAAACAUAGCGCCAAUUUUUUUCUAUCAAUAUAUUCAUCACUAAAUCAAUUCAAUUUGAAAAUAAUUAACAUGGACAUAGUUCAAUUCAACAGCACUAGAAGCAAAAAUGUCUACUUUAAAUUGAAACCAUUCAGUUUUUUUUUCACUCUAAGUGUAUGUAUAAUUCGAGAUUAAGAAAUCAAUUGUAUGUUUGAACUCUAUGGAUCAAUUUAUAAGGAAGUUGUCCUCAUUGGAUAGUCUAUUUGUUGUAUAUUUAUCAAAAGACAAAAGAAUACCGAGACCAUAUUCUCUGGUUUUAUAAGAUAAAGAGAUCCAUUUGAAAAUUUUUCUUUCGAACUUUUAGUUUAUUCGCCUUCGUGAGAUUCUGUGAGGGAGCAAAAUGAUGAGUGUGACUAGGGUAUAGAAACUAGAGAGGUAUGCUAGUAAUGAUUGGUCCAUUGUUCAUUUUCAAGUUUUUUUUCGGACUUUGAUUUCAAUGACCUUUUAUAAUUAUUCUAUAUAUACACUAUUUUGCUUAAACAUUGGAGCUCAUUCUUGUAGAGGAAAUUCACACUCCUUUGUAUUCUUUCAUUUCUUGUCUCGAAUUAAAGUUGUUUUCAUGCACAUAUACCUUAAAUCUUAAAUUUUCAUAACAAGUUAAACAUCUACCACGACAAACACACAAGGGUUAUUAGAAGUCACAUUCAUACAAGUUGUUAAGUUUUUGGAAUGAAAUAAGGUCCACCACCACCCCCUACAUUUAGACAACAAGAGAGUAACAUCAAAUAAAAAGUUAAAAACUACAAGUUAAAAAGUUUUGUAUUCAUGUGUUCAACAUCUUUUGCCAUCAUUUUCCCCAUUCACCCUAUAAAAGCACACUCCAUUUUAUUGCUCUCACUACAAAACCAACUAAAACAAAGCUCACUCCACCGCCACCCUUAAUCUUCCACCGGAAAAAAAUGGAGUUCCGCCGCCGAGCUCUCCUCUUCUUCAUGGUCAUUUUAACACUAAUGGCGAAAUCCAAUGGUGGGAAGAUAGCAAUUUAUUGGGGUCAAAAUGGAAAUGAGGACACUUUGGCAGGCACUUGUGCCUCCGGAAACUUCCAAAUUGUAAUCCUAGCUUUUCUAGCCGUCUUCGGCAACGGCCAAACGCCGCAGCUCAACCUCGCCGGACACUGCGACCCCUUUAGCAAUGGAUGCAUUCGCUUGAGCUCUGAGAUAAAGUCAUGCCAAGCUAAAGGCAUCAAGGUGAUACUUUCUAUUGGAGGGGGUGCAGGAAGCUACUUUCUUUCAUCAGAUGAUGAUGCUAGAAAAGUGGCACUCUACCUUUGGAAUAACUAUUUAGGUGGACAUUCAGCAUCUCGUCCGCUUGGCAAUGCUGUGCUCGACGGUGUUGAUUUUGACAUUGAAGGUGGGACAAAUCAACACUGGGAUGUCCUAGCCAGGUCUCUGUUGAAGUUUGGAGCUCAAAAUGGCAGGAAAGUGUUCAUUACAGCAGCACCACAGUGCCCUUUCCCAGACGCUUGGAUCGGGAACGCAUUGACGACAGGCCUUUUCGACUUUGUUUGGGUUCAAUUUUACAACAAUGCACCCUGCCAAUUUUCAGGAGAUGGUAGCAAUCUUUUUGACGCUUGGAAGCAAUGGACUUCCACAAUUCCUCAUGCUCAAAUCUUCUUAGGCCUCCCUGCUGCUCCUGCUGCUGCCGGUAGUGGGUUCAUUCCCGCUAGUGUUUUGAAAUCGAAAGUACUCCCCAUCAUCAAACAUUCAGCAAAGUAUGGUGGCGUUAUGCUGUGGUCAAAGUUUUAUGACGAGCAAACUGGCUACAGCUCUUCCAUUAAACACAAUGUUUGAUAAUUCUAAUAUCUUACGUUAUGCAUGUGUGUGUGUGUGUGAUCAACAAUAAAGUGUUUGUUUAGUUUUAGCUUUAUGGAUUCAAAUCUCUUACCUCUGUGGUCAAGAGUAUGUCUAGACCAGUCAUCGAACUUUAUUGGUUUUAAGAAUAAAAGUUUGUGGAGAUGUAAUUACAUUUGAUUGACACAUUCAAUAAAUGAAUCUAUGCUGUUUGAAUGAUCACAA